AUGCCCAGUUCCCACCAGGAUUCUGCCAGCCAGAAGGACCCCCACUCACCCCCUGAAGCAUCCACAGGAGCCUGCGUCCCACAGGGACCUACAGCUCAUGGCCAGGUCCUGUGGUCAGGGGUUCCCACCCUGAUCUCUUCCCUCCAGUGCUGGACAUCGUGUCUUGUGGGGACCACCCAGAGCUGGGAGAUGCCACCCCCCAGAAGGCAGAAAACUGACUGUUCAUGGCAGCCUCAGGCCCAGGCCCUGGUCCAAGGGCAACAGCUGGUUGGUUCCAGUUUGCCGGCUGUCCCCCGGAUCAGGGCCCCUGCAGCAGCCUGCCUGGAACCCGAGCCUGGCCGCGCAGGGAAGGAUCGGCGGCCCCGGAAUGGCUCCGCCCAGCUAAGGCCCGGGCAGUGGCUCCCGUGCAAGGUGGGCCUGUGCACCCUGCAGCCCCUGGGCCCUCCUGGAAAAUCCUUCGCAUCCUGUGGGACCUGGACCGCCAGCGGCCUCCCAACCCUGGGCAUCUGCCCUCGCCUCCGCCUGGCAUUGGACUUCUGAGAACCCUGGGCACGAGGGCAGCGUGGGCGCAGGGGAGGCUGUCAGUAGGCCGGCGCUGAGAGGACGCGUCCACCCCACCCUCCAAACGCCGUCCUGCUGCUUCAGCCAAAGCCGUCCUGGAGACGGGCCCAGGGACUCCCCGCUGCAGCCUCGAGCUCCGGCACACACUCCGCCGCGCCAGCUCGGACCGACCGCAGACUUCGCGAGCAGAAGCAGCGCCGCGCGGGCCCUGACCCCACACCUGCCCCGGCGCCUCCGCCUGCAGGACCCUCCCCGGGCUCGCUGGGUCCUUCCUCCCCCGCCGCUCCCCCGACCGCGCGCGGUGGACGGCUCCAAGGCGGCGCCAGCCAAGACGGUCCCGGCCACGCAGCGGUGGGUGCGGCCGGCACCACGGGCCCGGCAGGCGGGGAGGACGCGCUCCCAGUCUCCGGCAGCAGACCAACCCCUCCGACUCCGACUCACUCCGGCCGCCUCCUCCCCGCCGAGGUCCCUCCGGGGGCGGCCGCCGCACACUUUCCGGAGCGGGAGCGACUGUGAACCCGAGUCCUCCCCGCGCCCGCCGGUCCCGCAACCCGGCCCUGCGCCCGCCCGGGGACCCACUAGUGCGGCCGAGCGACCCGGCGGGACCCACAGGGCGCCCCCUUCCCGCGUCCUCUCCACCCCCGCGCGCUGGGCCGAGGCGCCGGGUCUGGCGCGGGCUGCGGGACGAGGGUGCGCAGUCGGGAAACAGUCGGUCCUACGAGGCCCUUUGGCCUGGCGGGGGCUCAGCCUGUAACCCCAACAAUUUGGGAGACUGAAGCGGGAGGCGCGCCUGGGUCCACGAGUUCAAGCCCCGUUGGGGAAAUCCGCCCCGCACCGCCGGCGGGUACCCCGAGUCCAGCGGAGACAAAGGAUUUAGAAAGAGACAGAAUAAGAGUUAAAAGGCGGGUCCCCGAGCUCUCGGCCUCCACCCAAUUUAUUGGUUUACAAGCUCUUUGUGCUUAGGGCGAAUGGGAGGGGUAAGAAGGGAUGAGGAAAAGGAUUAAAUACUGAAGGAGAACUCGUGAGUCGUUCGAUAAGGUGUAUAGCAGUGGCGGUUUCUGCGAAUUUUCCUUGAGUAAAGGCGUGUGUCUAAACUACUUAAGAUCUUUAACUUAAGAUCGGGACUGAAAUGGGUGGGAGUGGGUUUCAGGAGGAGCCAAGAUGUUUGAUUAUACUCCACUUCAACGGAGUGUUAUCUCCCCGAGCACCUGUAGCAUGCGGCUGAGCUGUUACACUGUGGGGCAUAAAGACAUGAAGGCAAUAAGGAGACUUUUCUCCUCAGAGGCCGCCCAUGGCUCCCCACGGAUGUCUCACACAGGGGAGACCAACUCAUCUGGUAUUCCAGAAACUCUCUUUCCCACAUGUGCCCCUCUGUUUGUCUCUAUUAUAUGUAUGUAUUUUUUUUUUUAAUUAAUAACCGCCAUUGCUAUUUCCUUCACUGUCUGGCUUCUCUCCCAAGGCGCGUCCGCAUCUGUAGACUAAAAACAAACAGCAUAAACAGACACAAACCAAAAUAAAAUUUGCGAUUGUUGAUCUACCUAUGGUUUUAAUCCACUUUAAAGGAUUAGUGUUAGAAAGGCCAUCAGCAGCUCCAGUAAGAAUAUCAGCUCCAGGCAACAGGCUGAGAUGAGCCUGAGAUGCCUCGAAAAGUUGUUUUUUCAGUUUAGCAAUAUCUAAUGUUAAAUUAUCUUCUUUUCCUUGUAGUGACGUCUAAUCAUCUGCCAGUGGUGUUCAGUGGCAUUUAAGAGCUAGGAGUAAUACAAAAGUCGGAAGUAUUCCAAUCACAUUGCAUUUGAAUUCUAUGCUCCAAGCUCAUAAUCCAAUCUCCCAUCCAAAUUACUGUUUGACGGAGAUCAUUCAUUUGAUUUGCCAAUUUUUGUUCUGUUUGGCUUUGGGAAUUCCAAAGCUUAGAAGAAUUGUUCUGCCAACUAUCCACAAAGCCCACAGUUUGAAUAGAAGAGUGCAAAGCAACACCAGCAGCAGCAGCUAUGACAGCUAAAAGGCCCAUGAUCACAGCUAUUAAAGUAAAUAUGAAUCUUUCUGAUCUACUAAGCAUUCCUUUUAGUACUUCUGUGAUACUCUGUAUGGAGGGACAGGCCUCCCAAGGUCUAUUGAGGGAAACAGGUAUCCAAACUCCUUCUCAGGCCCUAACCACUAUCUUUAUUAGAGGUAGAAUUAAUGCAGGUAAAAAGACAACAGCUGAGGCAUGAUAUGGUUUGAGAGUCAGGUAGGAUGUUAAUUUUUCCCACUGCCAACAUAAAAGGAGGUUUAACACAGCUCUGCAAUGGGACCGUCCGAUUAGAGGUCAUGGCUACAACAAAUUGAAGUUUUUACCAUGGGUCUCUGUUUUAUAUUCUCCUUUCCAAAUCUGAAUUGGGGUUUGAGCCAUCAUUAAUUUCCACAAUUCUGGAUGUUCUGUACUUUUAAUUGGGUCAAUCAUUUUUGGGCUUGGAGGAGCCAUACCAUUCUCCUCCCACUUAAUAGGGUAAUUUGUUUCAAUUAUUCUAUGUAAUUUUGGUGCAUUAUCUGGGUAGUCGUUUGCAAAAGUAGUCUCUCUACAAUCUUCUCUCUGUCCAGUACAAUUUACUGCAAAGUGUCCCCUAGGGGCUCAAUCAAUGAUGAUUCCAUAGGAAUUAUUUUGCAGUACAGCAGCACUGUUUGCAAUACAAUCUUCCGAGGUUAGCACCUCUAGCUUCUCAGACCAUUCAAUGGCAGGAGGUUCUUAUUAGGUUUAAAUUUAUUAAUCUGGCGAUGUGUCAUAACAUAGCCAUGCUCAAGGUAUUUAAUAGUGUCCAAAGAUUGAAAUGUUCUUCCACUGAUUACAUGAAUAAAGGCUUUUUAUCCAUUAUGUGCAGGAACAUAAGCCAUCCAACUUUGUGUAUCAUAAUUUAAACAUCCCGCUGCCGGCCCCAGGCAGAUGGGAGGAAAGCGAUAACCAGUAGAAAUAUUCAUUAACAUUCCUUCCUCCUCUGGAUGAGUAGGACCUCAGUUAUCUGUUGGUCCAGGCAUCCAGACACUAUCAUUAACAUAAACCUCCACUGGGGUGUCUAACCAUGUAACAGGCCUAACCAGUGGUGGGAAUGGAAUGUAGGCCCAAUAAGUUUUUUCUUAUAUUCAGGGAGAGAAGAUGAUACUACUCCCAAUAUCACAGGGGUUGUACACACUUCCUGCGAUAUUGUUCCUAAUAUCCUGAAGGGGAGAGCAUAAUAUUACUCUCAACAUCGCAGGGGAUGUACACCUCCUUUGUAAUAUUGUUCUCCCCCUCCCUGCCUAGCUAUUACGAUCCACAUUGCAGGGGGGUGAGGCCCCCCCACGAUAUGGGGAGUAAUAGCCACCCCCUCUCCCCCUCUCCCCCCUCCAGCCUUAUAUAAGGAGGCUGGCCUUAUAUAAGUGCCCCCCAAUGCCAUCGCAGGCUUUAAUGUAUUCACUUAAAGUUUUUUCCUCAUUUAGAUCUGCCUUUCCCUUAAUAGGUCUAAUUGCUGCCUGACAUUCUGCAUUAGCAUUUUCAUGAGCAAGCAGCUGAAGGAUCACUUUCUUGGCAUGAGAAUCGGAAAUAGCCUUUUGAGCUGCAUCGUGCAAACAGGCGAUACAAUCUGGAUAAGGCUCCCUUAGACCCUGUUGAACUGUGUUAAAAGAAGGAUAAGCAGUAGCAGGGUCGUGAAUUUUUCUCCCAGGCUCUUAGGCAUAGUUCUGAGCUGAUCAACAACCUCAUCACCCAUUUCCAUCUGUUGAUUUAGAGUACCCCAUGCCUGUCCAAUUACAAGCAAUUGAUCAGACGUGAUAUUAACGGGAUGUUGGGCUUGAGCAUUUCUGCCUGAUUUGUUGCUUCAUCCAUCCACCAGGUUUUAAAUUGGAGAAAUUCAGAGGGGGACAGGGUGGAUCGGGCUAAUGCCUCCCAAUCCACAGGUAUUCAACGUCUGUUAUAAGCCACACAUUGUAACAAGGAACAUAAGGAGAAUUUGGCCCAUAUUGUCCAAUUGUUUGCUUUCGGUCUUUAAUAUUUUAAAAGGAAAUGGCUCCCAGCAUGCUUGAGCAAGUUCUCUGGCCUCCUCAGCUGGCGAAAUAAUGACCAGAAACUGCCAAGCAUUCAAAUCCCCCAUUUCUUGUGCCUGGCGAAUGGAUGCCUGGAUUGUCCCUGCGCCAUAAUUUGUAUUUGGACCGGCUGGCAGCAUUCCUCUACCAUAAUUAACAGGUGGGCAAGCCUGGAUCAUUCAUUCCCUCAUCGUAAUUGGCUGUUGGACAAGCCUGAAGCUUUCCUUCGCCACAGUUAACAGCAGGGCCUGCAACAAUGGGAGCGGCAAGGCCAGUCUCAGGCUCCCCUUCCAAAAAUUCCUAAGGCUGUCCUGGGGGUGGCCAUUCCAGACCUUCCCCUAAAGGCGCAGUAGGUGGCCCUGUUUCUUUUAUAAGUUUUUGGAGAUUAGCAUACAUACCUUCCCGUUUCUCGCCCUUUUUUAAACUAGACUGUCAUGGUUCACUUUGCUGAUAAUUAGACUCCUGAUUAUUCAACUUUCCUAUGUCAUCCUGAACUCCUUCUUCUCCUCCUCAGUGUGGAAGGGCUCCAGGGCUGUUUUAAUUGCCGAUCACACAGACCAAGCAGAGGGGAAUAUCGUGGCCCUCUUGUGCUGGUUUUAAGUCUGAUCCGACCUUGUCCCAACCUUCUACAUUCAUGGCUCCAUAUUCCGGGAACCAAGGAGAAUACUCGUCUACCAGAUGGAGCAAAGAUGUGAGAUUUGGGGUACUCACAAUUACCUCACCGCGGCGCAGUAACUGCCGCACAAGGCUUAAGUAAUUAGCGAACUUACUCUCAGCCCGACCCACAUUUUCCCGAGGUUUCCCCGGAAUUCUCCGAGCGCCCACUUACCCUAGAGCUUGAAGUGAAAACCUACUGGGGAGUCCUUUGUCGGUCGUCCUCCGCUUUCCACGCUCUGGUGUUCCUUCACUGGAUUAUUUGUAGAGAUUACGGGGAGCCCUGCGUUGGGCACCAGAGACAGCCUGGGCAACCGAGGGAGACCCCCGUUUCUACCAAAAAAAAAAAAAAAAAA